AUGCUCCCAGAAUGCAAUCUCGCCUGCAUCGGCAUUCUGUCAUCCACCCUGCCUGCCCAGGUGUCAGCUACCAGCUGCCAGCCGCCCGCUGCCACCACCGUCGCCCGACCGCACCCGGCGGCCACAGCAGUGCCUCAGCAAAGCGAAGCAUGGCAAAAAAAGCCCUCUCGUGGCAGAGGCAACGCACCCCACGGCACGCCUCACGGCACGCCUCACGGCACACCUCACGGCACCGCGUACCAUGUCAUGGUCACGUACUGUAAUGUCGCGUCGGCGGCCCUCACGCCCCUGUGGCUGUCGCAUGCUGUUGCAGCGACCCUGACUUCACCGCGUCUUCCACCUGGGCGGUGGGGGCUCAGCUACAAAGUGCCAACGGGCCUCGCGGUGCUAUACUGCAUCUGGGAGAUGUCGCGGGUCCUCAGCCACACCCACCUCCACAAGACCUGCACUUUACUGAGGCCUGGCCCUGAGUUCCCAGUCCGGACGGGCAUCGGCUCUGGUUGGGCCUGCCACCGCGAUCCGCUGUUUCAGAAUCAGCCCUUCCUGGCCUAG